GAAUUGCCUUCAACAUCAACUCUUCGGUCAACGUCCGAUCGCAAUCGUAAUGAGACCUGACCCACAUAAGCAAGCGGCCUCCAGGAAAUACCACAAUAAGGUCAGGAGUCGAGGAGGUGGAGUCGCAGGGACGGCAGUGGAUCCAAACGCGAGUUCGGCAGGGCACCGUGGCGGCCGCGGAGGCAGUGGUGGUGGCGCAAGAGGAGGUCGAGGAGGAGGCCGGGGAGGCUACAGAGGCAGGAGCAAUGACAGUGAGCAGAAAGAAGACGAGGAUGAAGGAGUAGACUCUGACGAUGCUCCCCGCAAAAGCUAUGCACGGCGCAAAAUCGUCAGCAAUGCCGAUCGGUAUAUUGAACGAAAUGAAGAAGUUACCGAGGCAGAAGAGCUGGAGCAAGGCAUUGAUCGCCAGACGAUCGCAUUCAGAGAUAUGUUAAAGGACUCCGAUCAGAAAAAGACGUUCGAUCCGGCAGCGUACUUCCGCUUCAAAUCAGAAAAAGAUGUUGACACACAGGAUCCAAUGGAGUCGCAACAGGCACGGAAACUGCUGGAGAUUCGGCUAAAUGAUAUUGAAAAGGCGCUAAUGGCACUCUCAAUCAAGGAGCGACUGAAUCUUCGAGAUACUGACGCCCAGGAGCUGGAUCGGGAUAUGCUUGGGAAGGUAUCAAUGUCGACCGGAAGGCCAAUCGUGCCAAAGCUCGUGCGCGGCCAGGCAGCCUCGGACAUUCUGAUCAAACCCACAUCAGCGGCUACAGGAAUUACCUCCUCGCCCUCGAAUACUCCUACAGGAUAUAACAAGGCAGCGCAGGGAAUGCAAGAAGCGGCUAAGCAAGUAGCCAUGGAUGAUGAUCUGGAUGAACUGCUCGACAUUACAAAGACCUAUGGUAGCGCUCGACCCUCUACAGCCGCUUUGCCCAAGAUCGCGGCCUCAUCCUCGAUCUUAUCAACAAGACUCCCAGCUGCCUCAAAAUCGACAGAGUCAACGUCCAGUGAACCAAAAGCUCGCCUGCCGCCACUGCUCUCGAAAGGAACAAGGACCGUGGGCACAUCAGGGACGUCCACACCAAAGGGCCUUCCGCCUCUCAAGAGGAUUCCACCGCGUUCUGGCGGAAAGAAUGACGAGGAAUGGCUGGACUCCGUCCUAGGAAUAUAGGCUGGACUCUGUACAUAUACGCCCAAUAAUAAGACAAGAUGAGGCGAUGCAGAUGGAUCGGAUACGUACCCUGUCGACAUUCAAAUAUGGGCGGUGCGAAUAUGAGCCCUUCCUGGCUAUAUUUGACCUGUUUCUAAUGGCCCUAAUGAUCUGACGAUCUUCCGUUCAAUGCACAAACAUGCACAUGUGGCUAUGUAAUAAACAUGAGCCCGGGUACAAGACAGAAUGGGGAACUAUUACAACCCACCGCCACCAUGGUUACCUUCCCUAUUCCCCUUCCUUGGAUACAACCCACUUCGCAAUUACACGCACGCCUUUUAGGCAUGGUUUACAUACAAAUGUUUGAAGAAAUGCAAUAUACAUAUUAUGCUUGUGCAUACAUGCAUUCCCGCCUCCCUCCGCUCGUGCCAAGUGAAUAAACAAAAAUCAAAUAUAGC